AUGCCUUUUGAAGUGUCAGAAGAGUAUUCUAUCCCAUUCCUCCUGAACAGCUUUCCAGUAGCUGUAAGGGUUGUGGGGCGACGUUUGGAUGAUGCAGAUUUUACGAGUCCAAAAGUACAAAAAUCCAUUGAUCCUCCAGUUGGUCCAAAUUCAAGAUCCCAUCGUUCCAAACGCUCUGUGUCAAAAGAGUGGAAUUUGGAGAUAAUGGUCGUUGCAGACAGUAAGAUGAAGAGGUACCAUGGAGAUAAUUUGGAGAUGUACAUACUUACAUUAAUGUCAUCGGUCGCUCUGAUUUACAAAGAUCCCUCCAUUGGAAACAAUAUCAAUUUAUCCAUUGUAAAAUUGGUCAUUAUGUCUGAUGGAGAAGAUGCUGGAAUUAUAUUUCCUAGUGCCUCUAAAACUUUGAGGAAUUUCUGUCGCUGGCAGCAAGAAUUUAACGAUCCGCAAGGAUUUCAUCACGAUACUGCAAUUCUUCUGACAAGAGAAGACUUGUGCCGGCAUUCGAAGACAUGUGAUACUCUAGGUUUAGCGCAAUCCGGAAUGGCCUGUGAUAAAGAAAGCAGUUGUGCUGUCAUUGAAGAUAAUGGACUGAGUGCAGCAUUUACUAUUGCUCACGAAAUAGGACAUGUCCUUGGAAUUCCGCACGAUGAUGAUACAAAAUGCAGCCGAUUUCAUAAACAUGGCCAUCGUCUUCAUGUUAUGGCUCGUAUGUUAGACUACAACAGUCAUCCGUGGAGUUGGUCGGAAUGCAGUAGACAUUUUAUAACUACAUUCCUUGAUGCAGGUUAUGGAUACUGUUUAUUAAACAAACCGAAGCAAGAUUUGCUGGAGAGGUUCGAGCAUGCGAAAACUGCUGCUGGGGAACUGUACGAUAUGGAUUAUCAGUGUGAACUCGUAUUUGGAAAAAGUUCUCGAAUCUGUCCGUACAUGCCAGUGUGCAAGAGACUAUGGUGCACCAUGGAAGAUAUAACUCAAGGAGGGUGCAGAACUCAGCAUAUGCCGUGGGCCGAUGGUACAAGAUGUGGACCUGAUAAAUCCUGUAUCCAUGGAGAGUGUUUGCAAGACCCAGUUCACCUCGCCCCACCACAAAAUGGUGAAUGGGGAGAGUGGCGAAGCUAUGGUCCUUGCUCCAGAUCAUGUGGAGGAGGGAUCACACGAUCAAUUAGGGAAUGUGAUAACCCAAGGCCAACUAAUGGUGGACGAUAUUGCGUUGGCGACAGAGUUCGUUACAAAUCCUGCCAAACACAUGAUUGUCCACUGGGAACCAAAGAUUUUCGUGAAGAGCAGUGCUCUGCAUUCAACGGUAAAACUUUUGGUUUCGUUGGUGUUGAUCAAAAUGUUCGGUGGGUGCCCCAUUUUGCGGGAGUGGACAUUAAAGAUCGAUGCAAGCUGUAUUGUCGAGCAGCUGGCACAGCUGCCUAUUUUCUUCUGAAGGAGAAAGUAAUCGAUGGAACUACCUGUGGACCGGACACGUUUGACAUUUGCAUAAAUGGUAAAUGCAUGGCAGCUGGCUGCGAUCACAAAUUAAAUUCUAAUAAAAUCACAGACGCAUGCGGUGUAUGUGGCGGAAAUGGAACCAGCUGUCGAGUCAUUCGUGGAAAAUUCACCGAAGUUCAGUAUGGAUACAACACUGUGGUGACAAUUCCUGCUGGUGCCAGCAAUGUCGAAAUUUUGCAGUUUGGUCACGAAAAUACGAAGGAUGAUAACUACUUAGCUUUAAUGGGAUCUGAUCACUUAUACAUCCUAAAUGGCGACUUCAUGAUUUCUAUGUUUCCAAAGUCUAUUCAAUACGCAGGAUCAUUGAUUGAAUACUCUGGCUCAGAUACCAUAGUGGAAAGAAUCAACGCUUCAAAGCGUUUGCAGAAGGAACUAUAUGUGCAGGUACUAACAGUUGGUAGCCUUCAUCAGCCGGGAAUCUCUUAUGAAUAUACUGUUUCCCUUGAUGUUGAAAAAAGUUACCGCUGGCAUCUUGAAGAGAGUUGGUCUCCCUGCAACAGCAUUUGCCAAGGAGAACAAUAUCGAAAAGCUAUAUGCGUCAACAGUGCAAGUGGCGAGACCGUCAACGACGCAAUGUGUCACGAACAAGAACGUCCUGUACAUGAAGCGAAAGUCUGCAACCCUAAUUGCGUACUCAGAUGGGAUGUUACGCAUCUCGAGCCUUGCUCGUCUUCUUGUGGAAGAGGAGUCAUAAAAAAUGAAGUCAAAUGCUAUCAACAAACAGAGCUUGGAGAAACACAGUCCAUUCCAGAACAUUUUUGUGCACACAUGGAACCUAGGCCCCCAGAAUCCCUGGAAUGCUUCGGCCAAUGCAAAACGAGGCAAUGGAAAUACGGAGAAUGGUCUCAGUGCUCUACCAGCUGUGGAGUUGGAAUUCAGUACCGAAAAGCGGUCUGCUUAGGAGACGAAAGCGUUGAGCUCCCAGAUGCCAAAUGUGAGAACAGUAGCAAAAUCACAGAACAAGCUUGCUUGCAGGAAGACUGCCCGCUAUGGAAAGCGAGUAAUUGGAGUGAAUGCUCAGUUUCUUGUGGCCACGGAGAAAGACGUCGUACAUUCCAUUGCCAACUAAAAGACAAAGUAAUUUCUAGAACUUUAUGCAAUGACUCGCAUAUUCCACCGGUCAUUGAAUCAUGUAACCAACAUCCCUGUACAGAAUGGGAAACAGGUCCUUGGGAACCAUGCUCAGUGACUUGUGGAUCUGGUACCAAGCAACGACGAAUUUAUUGCGCAGCACAUGGUCGAGCAGUCCCACCUGAACAAUGCAAUGCAAGCACAAAGCCAUUGGAAAAGACGUCCUGUGAACUACCAAUUUGUAUCAUCAAAUCAGACCAAUACCACAGAAUUUUUGAAAAUCUAAUCCCGUCUCUGUUGCCAGAUCCCAGCGAAGAAGACUCUUUGUCUACUCAUUCGUCCAAUCCGAAUUGGAUAACUGGUAACUGGUCUUCGUGCUCAGCAAUUUGUGGAGAAGGUUUGAUGUAUCGACAAGUUCUGUGUCACAAUCCAGCAAAUGAACGAGUGUUACCUGAUAGGAGAUGCAGCAGGCAUCGACGACCGAGCCACAUUAGGACUUGUUAUGCUCAAACCUGUGGUCGUUGGAUUACUGGAAAAUGGAGCGAGUGUUCAGCAACGUGUGGACCUGGAAUCCAGACGAGGCGUGUCGCGUGUUUCAUGGCUGGCGAUAAAAGCAGUGGUGAAGAAAUGUGCGACUUUUAUAGCAAGCCAAAGAAAGAAAAAAGUUGCAACCUAAUUGAAUGUCAGAGGUAUUUCCCUCAGUAUCCAAUACCACCGGUUCUCCAUAACAGCGUAGAAAGUAUUUAUUACUGGCGAACUGGAUUGUGGGGAAAAUGCUCUAAGUCUUGUGGUGGUGGAACUAGGCGUCGUCAAGUUGCCUGCUACGAUGAUGCGGGCCAAUUGAGUCACAACUGUGAUAGUACUCGUAAGCCACCAGAUAUGUCUCCAUGUAAUUUAGAGCGGUGUCCGUCGUGGAGUGUUGGUAAUUGGACACAGUGUUCAGUAUCGUGCGGUAAAGGCACCAGAAGACGAACCGUUCAGUGCAUGAAUAAUAGAGGACAAGUGAUAGCAAGAGAACGAUGUGAAGGUCCAAUUCCAGAAUCAGAACAGCGGUGCAAGAGUUCCCAAUGCUUGCAAUGGGCUUGGUCUUCUUGGUCACAGUGCUCUGCUACAUGCGGUCAAGGCAUUCGAAUACGCAUAGUUCACUGUCGUCGUGGCCAUCAAGAGGUUCCUAGUGAAGAGUGUGCGUCACUGCCGAAACGCUCCCCUGAAACUAAAGUUUGCAAAUCUUCAAGUUGCAAUGUUCAUUGGAAGAAAAGAAAAUGGUCUAAAUGCUCAGCAACUUGUGGAAAAGGCUUCCAAUACAGAGACGUUUUUUGCGUUAGUGGGAAGAAUGAUACAGUCCCUGAUAGUCAAUGUAGUCAUCAAAAGAAACCUAAAAUAAGAAGAAAAUGCCAUCAGUACCAGUGUCCUGUGACGUGGAUGACAAGCCAGUGGUCUGAGUGCUCUACGUCAUGUGGAAAAGGUGUUCAAACCCGAAUUGUCACUUGCCACAGAGUGAAUGCAUACCAGUGGGUUGAUCCAGAGCCUUUACUACCUUCAAAAGGAAAUAAUGUGUGGUGUAAAGAUAAUGAAAAGCCAUCAACUUCAAAAAAUUGCAAUCUUGGAGAAUGCUCGCGUAAUAUUUGGAAACCCGGACCCUGGUCACAGUGUUCUUCUGAAUGCGGUCCUGGGCGGCAGAGAAGAAGAAUCUAUUGCAGUAGUGAACAAAAAAGACGCUUACCGCAUUCUCAGUGUGAAUUGCACUUGAAACCACAAAAAAGACGGCGUUGCUUCAAAAGGCCAUGUCAAGCUAUUAGUUGCUUAGACUUCCGAGAGAGGGCUAAUAUCACCAGAGAUGGAGAGCAAGAGAUAUUUGUUAGAGGAAGAUACGUCAAAAUCUAUUGCUCACGAAUGAACACAAGCAAACCACAAGAAUAUAUAACACUUAUUAGAGGGGAACAGGAUAAUUACUCAGAAGUAUACAGCAAGAGGUUAAAAAAUCCCAAUUCAUGUCCAUACCGUGGUGCUAGAUAUGAUUCCUGCGAAUGCACUUCUGAUGAAAGUAUUGGAGCUGGUCUCACAACUUAUCAAAGGAUAGCUAUUAACAUAACAUCCUUGAAAAUCAUAACUCAUGAUAUGACAUUUUCUCAAACACAUGUGGGUGAACCAGUUCCUUUUGCUCAGUCUGGAGAUUGCUAUAGCAUAGCAUCUUGCCCUCAGGGUCGCUUUUCUCUCAGCCUUCUUGGAACAGGAUUCAUGGUUGACCCUCAGACUAAGUGGAUAGCUGAUGGACAGUAUCCAUCUAGCAGGAUUCGAUGGUUAGAAGGAGGACAAGUUAUUCAAGGCAAGUGUGGAGGAUAUUGUGCAAAAUGUGUUCCUGAUAAUAGUACGGGAUUGCAGUUAGAAGUGGCUCCUCCAUGAUAGAAGCUCUUGUGAAAUGUGCAUUCAGUGGGCCAUAAAAUGAAAACUGGAUAUUUCCAAAGAGCUGUGUUCAUACCUCUGUAGGUGAUUGUGUUCCAUGACUAACAUGUUGCAUAUUUGACAUUUUGCUUCAUUCAGGAAAUCAGAGGCACAUACACAGCCGAAAGGCUACUGCAGGCAGCAGCCUGGCUAGCCCACCAAAC